AUGCUUACAGUAUUACAUAUUACUAAUUUAAUUCCAAUCGUGACAACUGCGAUUAUCGGUAUCAUACCGCACUUAUUCAAUAUGGAAGCGCUGAAAAUGAGCGAAGAAAGGAAAAAGGCCAGGGAGGAAAAGCUUAAAUUAAUUGUCAAACGCAGGGUGGAUGAAUUAGUUCGUAAAAAACCAAAACUAGCUCGGAUCGUUUUGAUAAUUGUACAGGACAAUGACACGAAAGAUAAGGAAAAUAUUGAACGUUAUGGACAUGUUAAAUCCGGCUUUGACUUAAACACACCUGAAUACGAGAAGAGAUUGCAAGAGAAUGAUGACGCGACAACUGAUGAAAAUGUUAAAAUUUAUAAAUAUGUUGUAGCCAGUUCUGAUUUGAAUACAUUUGACAGUGACAGUUUGCCGUUCGUGACAGUACAUUCACCCCCUGCUACGAAGACACCCAUGAGAGCGGAUGACAGGACAGUGGAUGACAGGACAGCGGAUGACAGGACAGCGGAUGACACGACAGCGGAUGACAGGACAGCGGAUGACACGACAGCGGAUGACACGACAGCGGAUGACACGACAGCGGAUGACACGACAGCGGAUGACACGACAGCGGAUGGCAGGACAGCGGAUGACACGACAGCGGAUGACACGACAGCGGAUGACACGACAGCGGAUGACACAACAGCGGAUGAUACGACUCCGGAUGGCAGGACAGUCGAUGACACGACAGCGGAUGGCAGGACAAUGGUCAUCAGUCCUGGCUUAAAUCCAUCUGACAAUGCUGACGUUGAUGAUCCUGAACUAGCGGGAACUGUGACAAGACAAGAGUAUAAUGAUACGACACAUGAGGAAAAUAUUCAAGAUUAUGAACGUGUAGAAGGAUUUGAGUUGGAUCUAUUUGAUAAUGAUUACAUAAGUAGUGAACAUGAGACCUUAAUUCUGCGCGAAACAUCCGUGUAA